AUGGCGCUGAUCUUUCUGGCCUGGUGCGAUAUCCCCGACCAGGUACCUAAACCCAGCCCAAUGACGGUGCUCCCGCAGCUUCACACGUACCUCGACUUUGUCGGGUUUGUGCUCUGCGCCGGAGCGGCCGUCAUGUUCCUCAUCGCAUUGGAGCUCGGAGGCAACGAGUUACCCUUCAACAGCCCCACCGUGAUAGGGAUGUUCUGCGGCUCUGCGGGAGCUCUGGGCGCGUUCCUCUCAUGGAACUACCACAAGGGGGACGACGGGCUGAUCCCGCCAUCGAUGGUCCGUAAAAGGCCCGUUUGGUCCGCUGCCGCCACUACCUUCACUCUGGUUGGUUCGGCAAUGAUUCAGAUCUACUUGCUGCCGCUGUACUUCCAGACAGUCCAAGGGGCCUCGCCGGCCCAGAGCGGCGUCAACGUCCUACCAAGCAUUUUGUCACAACUGGUUUUCGCCUACGGAGGGGGCUUGCUCGUCGGUAAACUCGGGUGUUAUUUGCCGUGGGCCGUGGGAGGAACGGCCAUGACAAUCAUCGCAGGUGGCCUUUUCACGACGCUGACGCCGACAACCUCUGUGGCGAAAUGGGUGGGCUUUCAGAUCCUGACGGGCGCUGGGAGGGGUGUCGUGUUACAACUGCCAAGCAUCGCCGUCCAGGCGAAUCUGCCACCCGAGCAAAUCUCCAUGGGCAUGUCCUUUGUGACUUUCUCGCAGUUUAUGGGGUCUGCCGUUGCCCUUUCCACGGGCAACGCAAUAUUCGUCGGGGCGCUGAAGCAGGAUCUUCCGCGAUACUCGCCGAACGUCGACGUUGCGGCGGUACUCGGCGCAGGAGCCACGGGGUUCCGCACAGUUGUUUCCGAGAACGAACUGUCGGGAGUGCUCGAGGCAUAUGUUUCAAGCAUUAACAAAGAGUUCUACUUGUCUCUGGGGUUUGCCAUUGCGUCUUUCGGCUUUGCAUGGGGCAUGGGCUGGAAAGAUGUCCGGCCGCCCAAGCAGCCUGGCCAGGCCUGA